CACACAGCACAGGUGCUCAGGGGCGCUUAGAGACCCGCUUGGAAGACGGAGAGGGCGGAACGGGGAGCAAGGGGUAUCGGGACUGGAGAACGGAGCGGACACAGAACGUCCACAGCCCACGCGGGGACCCCCUGCGCUCCCAGGAAACAUGGGCCCCACAAGUCCCGGGGAGAGCCCAUCCCUCCCUGGCCGCCGCUCGCGCCCUCGUUUGCGGCGCGGCGCACAAGAUGCACAACCGCCUGGAGACCCGAAAGCCCACGACCUACCUCGUCGGGACCUGCCGAGCUGCCCCGAGGCUCCCGAGGGCUCCGGAGCUGGCGCGGCGCCUCCCGGGGCCGCCGUUCCGGAGGAGCCGGAUCUGGGCCUCCGGGACAAGUUCACUUCGGGCCGAAGACCCUCUCGGGGCCCAAAUCGGCCGCCUGGGGCCUCGCCGUACCGCGAGCCUCGGCCGGGCCGCCGCGGGUGCAAACGGGCCGGGCCCGAUCCCAACGCUCUGCGCCGCCGCCGCCGCCCGCCCGGCCACUCCGGCCCAGCCCGCGGGCUCCGGGGCUCGCGCUUGGGGGUCUCCGCUCGAGACUCCGCCCGGCCCGCACAGCUCUGCGCCCGCUGGGUGCCGGCCCGGACGGACGGCGUGCAGCCCCGCAGGCCCAGGGUUCCUUGCCCGCCUGAGGCCGAAGCCUGGGAAGCACGGCCAGCGGUGACCUGGACACGGACAGGAAGCGAGAGCGGCGCGGCGGCACUGCGCGUGCGCGAACACGCACACUGAACGAGCUGCACAUGCGCAGGACGACGCCGGCGGUGCGCCUGACAGAGCCCACCUCGGGAGCGGGACCAAUACCCGGACUCUGUUUCCCAGUUACGAAAUGUGGUUGAGUGAUCACAACCCCAUUAAGCAACAUUAUCAUUUGACAACAAACAGGUAGGGCAGACUUGGGAUGACUAUGAACAUCAUGAAGGUAAGAAGACUUUUUAUCUUUAUUAUGUUUCCCCAAGA